AGUCAGUACCGUAGGUGCAGACGCAGCGGCCGAAGUGGUCGCUUGUAGUUUGGUCCCAGUGUUUUGCUUGCAUGCAGGCACGCAUGCAAACUCAUGCGUGAGACUGGGGGGUUUUCUGAUAUUCCAGAGCUUUUUUGUGCAGUAUGAAAUAAUCAUUUCAGCCAGAUUGUCUUCAUAAAAACUUAGUGAAUAAAACCUCUUUUCUCGUAACCUGAAAAUGCCAUCAAGAGUUAUCGUACGUGAGGUGCAUUAAAGAAAAAAGUUGUAAUAGAAGAGAUUUUACGUAAUGACCCGAGUGACUGUUUCUCUAGGGAGGAAGAAAACUGUAAAUUGAAGCCCGUGUCAAGGAAAGAAAGUGGUUCAUCCUCGGGAAAUACUUAGAAUCGAUAUUCGUCUCGUCCUCUGUUCUUCAACUUAAAGUUUGUGGGGCUGCGAGGAUGGGCGCCACACCGCCCAUGACGUGACGGGGCGCCUUGCGUGGGCGCCGCCCAUGGCCAUGGACCACGCCCACGGCACCCACGCCCCUCACGACACCUCCACACCUACCUCCCGUCCUGAGCACGCCCGUGGGCGUGGCCACAACCGUUCCCGAAGUCGCGACGCCUCGGCAGACUCAUACCACCACGCCCGCGAAGCCUCCUUAGGCAGUAGUGUUCGCCGGGUGGGUGGUAGUGUAGGAGGUGGAGGAGGAGGAGGAGGAGGUGGAGGAGGAGGUGGAGGUGUUGGUGGUGGUGGAGGCGAAGAGGUCGGAUCAAACUCCCGUGGUUCAUCUCCCGCCCGCGCUCACGCCCACUCUGCUGCCACACCCUUGCACACCACCCCGCCCACGCUACUCAGACACGCCCAGAAUCUGUACCCGAGCAGCCCUGCCCUAGCCACCCUAGGGAGUCGUUGUCCCCACCCGGCUCUGGUGCGUCAGUUUUCAUUGCCACAGGUCUUACUCAGGAAAAAAGGGGGUUCAAGUGAGGUCAGCGGGAGCGGCCGCGGAAGCGGCGGCGGGGGCGGCAGCAGCCGAAAACGAUCUCCUCUGCCUGGUCGCAAGUCCACCGGAGGAACCACAACUACAGACGGAGCUUCGGGUGCCGCCACUUGCAGCAGCACCAGCAAUGCCUCUCCGAACGUCCUCAACAAUGUCGGCGCGGGCGGGAUGGGCCAAGCUACGCCCCAUCAGGGCAGAACCUCGAGAAUGCCCAAUACCCACUCCGCCGCCCAGCAAGACGAUGCCGGUGUCCAUUCGUCCAACGAGGAAUGUGAUGCUGAAACAGUCCCUUCAUCAGGUGUAUCCAAUGGAUCAGGGGAGCUUGUGGACGCUUUGCGUCAGGGUGACAAUGGAGCAGGCAUUGAUGAGGAUGACCAUGCUCAGCAUGUCCAACGGACGAGGGAAGUCGUUGACCACAUCCAGGCAAAGAUACAGAAAACUAAAGACCUCAUCAAGGAGGAACAAAAAGCACGAGACGAAAAUGUCAACGAAUACCUUAAACUUGCUGCAAAUGCCGACCGUCAACAAUUGGCUCGCAUUAAGGCAGUAUUUGAGAAAAAGAACCAGAAAUCAGCCGCCUUGAUACAACAGUUGCAGAAAAAACUUGAAAAUUACCAGAAAAGGUUACGUGAAAUUGAAACUCAUGGCUUAAUCAUUGCCCACCGACAGCCCAAAGAGGUCCUUCGUGAUAUGGGCCAAGGUCUCAACCACCACCAAAGUUCAUCCGCACAAGGUGCUGGUGGCAGCAGUAGUGGUGGUGGUCACCAUGGGAGCAAGAUAGGAUCUGAAGAUGGAUCGGAAUGCAACUCGUCGAUCACCAGUGAAAGUGUGCCAGGUGGUAGUACUACUUUAGGUCACCUUACAUCACCAAGAAAUCACCAUAACCAGUUGUCUGGUGUAGAGUUCUAUGCUCUCCCUGGGGGAACAACAUUGGAAGACCUCCUGAUUGACUUAAGAGAAAGUAGAGAAGAGUCAGCAAGGCUUAGAGAAGAAAUAGAAACAAUUAAGCAAACUUUAGCAACUGAGGUAAACAAAAUGCUAGAAGGAUUGUCGGAGGAACGUUGUCGAUGUGAUCGUCUUGAGGACCAAGUGAAUGACCUAAUAGAACUCCAUCAAAAUGAGAUGGGUAAUUUAGUAACGAAUAUGUCUGACAUGGAAGAAAAGGUUCAGUAUCAGAGUGAAGAACGAAUAAGAGACUUGCAUGAGAUUGUUGAAAACUGUCAUACAAGGAUAUCCCGAUUAGAGCAUCAGCAGGCACAACAACAACAACAGUACCUGACAUUAGAGGGGUUAGAAAACAGCAAUGCAAGAGCUGUAUUUGUGAAGCUUAUAAACAUUUUACUCACUGUAUUGCAGGUAUUGCUGUUGGUAGUGGCAACAGUGGCUAAUAUUUUAACACCGUUGCUGCAGACUCGAACUCGAUUAGUUGUCACCAUAACUCUUGUUGUAUUUAUAAUCUUCAUUUACGUACAACUACCUGAAUUAAAAGAAUUGUGGCAAGCGGCUGUUAGUAGGUAUGAACAUUUUGUGGGCUUAAAAUAGCAGUCUCAAAGCCAGUAUUUGAUUUGUUCCUGUAUAAAGACUAUUCUUGUAACUUUAUUGUUGCAAGAAGUAUUUAAAAUUGAAUGAUUUUUAAUGAGUCAUACUCCUUCUUCUGUCCAAAAAAUAUAAGAGUCAUAUUGAUUCUUUGUAUGAAAACUUUAUACAUAUGUGUGUAAAUACAUGUAUAAGUUUGCAUUACUGGCACAAGCUGGCCAUAGUGUUACUCAGUUGGGUUACCAUGAACAAAACCAACUCUGUUGAACUGUAUACAGUAUCGCCAGCACAUUGUUGUAUUACAAAUGUAGAAAGUGUUAAAGACUGAAGUAGUGAGUGAAAAGAUGUGCUCUGUAAAGAAGAAAAAAAGUUGUAUAGCAUACGUGUGUUACGGUUUUUGCAUAUUGAGGUGUUGUACCCAAGUGACUGUUACAGAAGAACGUUGAAAUAAUUUAUUAUCAUAGUGCUGUUUCAUCCAGCUGUUGUUCAUUGCUUGGAAAGGACAUAGAGAUGGCUGGCUCAUAUGGGGCUUGUGUGAUAGCAUUAACCAAAGCUGGGCAAUAUAUAAAAAUAAAAAAGUGUGUUUUAUAAUGUGCUAAUCUAUGACUUAUUUUAAAUCAUGGAGCACACCAAAUAACCUUGUGGAUAAAAUGUCAAGAGUACAUGAAAUUCAUGGAUUGGUUGUCAGCAUGUUGUUGUAACCACGAGAUAUUUGGUAGCAUGAAGCAGUCAUUUAGUUGAAAAGUAAGUUAAUGAACCCUUGGAAUCACAUAUUCCUGCCAAUAUUUUAUAAAAGUCAUAACCAUUGGUGCCACAUGCUGACAACAAAUCCAGUCCUGAUAUCAUGUUUACAAUUGAUAAUUUACCCCUCUUUGCUCUCUACUCCCUUUCUAGAGGACUUUUGUUCCUUAUACUGGUAUCUAUAAAAUGGUCUGUAGUGCAUUCCUAGCAAGACCAGGCCAUUUUUUAUAAGUAAAUUGCUGCUCUCUCUGUGUGAUUAAUCACUUUUUUUUAUUUCAUAUGAGAGUGGUUAGAAAUGUACGUUAGCAGAACUGAUAUAAAGAUGAGAUAUUAAU